AUGUCAAUUUCACGAAACUUGCACAAUUGACGUCAUUUUGUAACAAUUUAAAACAAAAAUAUAAUUUUUUAGCAACGUUUCGACACAAAACGAGCGAGAGUAUAAAAAUCGAUCAAACCUAACAUGGCAGAUCCUAAAUAUGAAAACCUGCCUGGUAUAGCCUACGAUCAACCCGAUGUGUACGAAACUGGUGAUCUACCGGAAGCUGAUCAACCUGAACCAUUCGAGGAAGAAGAGAAUGAGAGUAUUGAACAACUGCAUUUGUCUGUGAAGGAUUCCUUCAAUAAGUUUAAAGGAAAAUUUCUUACUGGAAAUGUUGAUUUUUCGGAUAGAUUAAGCAGAAAAACAAGGAUCGGAUACAGGGCUGGUGAAUGGGAACUGGCAGCGGAAGGUGAGCCUGAGACUGCACUAGAACGGUACAACAGACUGCGUUGUGAAUUCUCAGAGCUACUAGAACAAGUCACAGAGCAGAGAGAUAAAGCCACUGAGAGUGAAAAGGAUGAACACAUCAAGUUGGCAGCUCAUAUUAAUUCUACAAAAAAACUGCUUGAAGAGUUAAAGUUAGAAGAAGGAGAACAGAUUGACCCUAAAGCUGAAAAACUGAAGGAAUAUUUAGCAACAAAUGCCAAGAAGAAACCAGGUGAGGUUGUGACAGCUCAGCUUAAACUGAAACCUGAAGUGAACCUUGCGCAGACCACUCGUAUAGCACAACUUGAAUAUAGAUUACACAAACUGGAGCAAGCGGCUGGAGUCAGAGAUGAAGAAGCUUUCAGGAAACUUCAAAUUGCAACCGGAGAGGCGACGCUGUGCGGUGCGGCGGCGACUCUGGCGGCGCGCGCGGCUCUGCUACGGCCGGCAGAGCUGGCGGCGGCCGAUGCGCGCCUCGCCGCGCUACUCGCUAACCUCGACACACUGCGCGCUGCACUAAAACCAGCCAAUCCAGAACUGGAGGCCAAGGUGAAUGAGUUGCACAAGCUGCUCCAACAAGUGGACGGCGUGUCGCACGCAGAGAUACUUGAGCGGAUUGAGGCGCUUGAAGCUCUUCACAACCACGCAAAGAACUUCGGCAAAUCACUUGCUGAGUUAGAAACCCUGCAAAGUACGGUAGCUAGUGGCGUGCACAACAACAAGGAACUGUUGCAAGGCGUGCAAGAAGUAUUCGCACACAAUGUAGACAACUUGCACAAGGAGAUACGGAAACUUGAUGAGAGGAUCUCCAAGUUAGCUGCAGCCUGAUGUGUGCUCACAUGUGCUUGAAUAUAUUUAUAGUUGAUUUGUCUUUGUAGAACAAGUGUAUCUUACAUUGGGUUACACAUUGGAUUUAUCGAAAGUAUAUACUGAUAAAUGAAAAAAUCUACUAGUCUUCUAGUUAUUUAAAAAAAAACAAAAAAAAAUGG